CUCAUUGAAGGUAACCCAUAGCUCGUACAGCAUGUAGUGCAUCCUUCUUUUUAAUUUAAACAUGUAUAUUCCUACAAAGCAACUAGGUUAACUAGUGUAGAAAUCAAUAAGAUAAUCCCGCAGGGGUUAACGUUGACGUUAGCGGUUAGCUGGCUGAUACUGUAACGUUAUUUAGGUUCUUUGCUGGUUCUUUGCUAGCUUAGCUACCGUCUGUUGUGCUAGCUAACGCUACAUAACGUUAGCUCAGUAAAGAAGCUAAGCGUGUUAAGUCAACUCAGUCAGCAAGAGGCAGCGAUUCAUAUCGAAAGCGGCAACAAUAUAUACAUAAAGCAUGGCGCUCAAGUCAGGAGAGGAGCGUCUGAAAGAGAUGGAGGCUGAGAUGGCUCUUUUUGAGCAGGAGGUUCUCGGUGGUCCAGUGCCAGCGCCAGGAAGCCCCCCUCUCAUGGAGGCCUUACCCAUAGCUCUUUCUGUCCCAGCGGUUGAAAUGGUGCGACACAUUAUCGGCACCAACACCUACAGACAGGUCCAGCAGACAUUAGAUGCCAGAGCUGCUAGUUUCGUUGGUCCUCCACCGCCGGUCUUUGCAGGACCAGUCCCUCCAGUACGUCCUCCCAUGCUGAGACCAGCCUUCGUCCCCCAUAUCCUGCAGAGACCUGUUGGUCCGAGGAUGCAGAUGAUGCGUGGUCCUCCAAUAGCUCCUCCUCUGCCCCGGCCUCCUCCACCGCCUCCCAUGAUGCUCCCUCCUUCCAUGCAGGGCCAGACACCUCCGGGUGCCUCUCACCCCAACCAGCACAUGGCCCCCCACCCUCAGCUCCGCAAUAUAGUCUCGAUGGCCCCGCCCACAAGACAGGGAGCUUUGCCUCCCGGCAAACAGACGCCGUCGAUCAUCCAGGCGGCACCGACCGUGUACUCCGCUCCUCCGGUCUCGUCUGGACACAAAAGAGUGGACGUUCGAGCUCAGAGACAAGCCAGAAUGGAGGAGCUGGCGGCGCGGGUAGCAGAGCAGCAGGCAGCGGUGAUGGCAGCAGGUCUGCUGGACAAGAAGGAGAGCGAAGACAGCGGCGCCGUCAUUGGACCCAACAUGCCUGAGCCCGACCCCCCCCACACCGAGCCUGUGGAAAGCGCUACAGAGGACAAAAAGAGAGCGAGGGCGGAGAAGGUGAAGAAGUGUAUCCGUACUGCAGCGGGGACCAGCUGGGAGGACUCCAGUCUGUUGGACUGGGAAUCAGAUGAUUUCCGUAUAUUCUGCGGUGAUCUCGGCAACGAGGUGAAUGACGACAUCCUGGCCAGAGCCUUCAGCAGAUACCCGUCUUUCCUCAAAGCUAAGGUGGUGAGAGACAAACGCACAGGAAAGACCAAAGGCUACGGCUUCGUCAGCUUCAAGGAUCCAAACGACUACGUCAGAGCCAUGCGAGAGAUGAACGGAAAGUAUGUUGGCAGUCGUCCCAUCAAACUGAGGAAGAGCAUGUGGAAGGACCGCAACAUGGAAGUGGUGCGCAAGAAGCAGAAAGAGAAGAAGAAACUGGGCCUCAGAUAGGGACAGUGUGUGUUGUGUUGCCCAGUGGACCGACAACAUUGCGUAGAGCGUGACUCUCUUUGGGAUCUGUCCGAUCAGGAGACGUACUGAGAUUGUAUAGGUGUCGACUCUUUUUUUUUUUCUUCCUUAAAUAAAACCAUAAUUUCGUAGUUAUGUUCAUUGUUCAUUGUACCAGAAGAGCUUUUUACUACUUGUAUGAGUACUGAUUGGGAUUCAAUUCCAUUGUUUGGUCGCUGUAUUUAUAUUAGUUGUUCCCAAACUUUUUGGCUUGUGACCUCGUUAUGGACAAGAGGUGAAAGUAUUUCUGACAAAUAAAAUUUUCUUUACUUUUA